GAGAUAUUCUGGGGGGCGGGGGAAAAGGGGGAAAACAAGCAUUUAUGUUGCAUGCUGUGACACAAAACCACCAUAACUGUUCUGCCGUCGCAUGUUCGUAAUCGUUCCCAGCCGUGCGAGCUGCAUGAGGCAGGACAGCCAGUACCGGCCUCACACCCGUACACCGUUCCCUCAGGCCCGGGGAGAGCGGAGGCCUCGGCCGUCCCUGGUCUUUUCCACCCGGGCGGCGGGGACGGACCCGCCGGGCCUCCCCUGCCCUCCUCGGGCCGGAGGUGUCGGGGAACCGCCUCCCCUCAGCGCGGGCGGGCGCUGCCACCUAGCGAGGAGCGCCGAGCGGCGGCGAGGACGGCGGACGAAACCCCGCCGGGAAGCGGGGGCGGGGCCGGGCCACACGCGGCGCCGCCGCCUCACCCUCGCCCUCCCUGCCAACAUGGCCGCCGCCGCCGUGAAGAUUGGAAUUAUUGGUGGAACUGGCCUGGAUGAUCCAGAUAUCUUAGAAGGAAGAACAGAAAAAUAUGUUGAUACUCCUUACGGCAAGCCAUCAGAUGCCUUGAUAUUGGGAAAGAUAAAAAAUGUGGACUGUGUGCUGUUGGCAAGGCAUGGAAGGCAUCAUACGAUUAUGCCGUCGAAUGUCAAUUACCGUGCCAAUAUCUGGGCAUUAAAAGAAGAAAAUUGUUCUCAUGUAUUAGUGACUACUGCCUGUGGUUCAUUACGAGAAGAAAUACAACCUGGUGAUCUUGUCAUAAUUGACCAGUUCAUUGACAGGACAACUAAAAGACAUUGUACUUUAUACGAUGGGCAACAUUCCACUCUUUCAGGAGUAUGUCAUAUUCCAAUGGCAGAGCCGUUCUGCACCAAAACCAGAGAGGUUCUUAUUGAGACUGCCAAGAAGCUUGGGCUCCAGUGUCAUUCCAAGGGGACGAUGAUCACAAUUGAAGGCCCGCGUUUCAGUUCUCAAGCAGAAAGCUUGAUGUUUCGCAGCUGGGGAGCUGAUGUUAUCAACAUGACCACAGUGCCUGAAGUGAUUCUUGCAAAAGAAGCUGGAAUGAGUUAUGCUAGUAUUGCCAUGGCAACAGAUUACGACUGCUGGAAGGAACAUGAAGAAGCGGUUUCAGUGGAUAAAGUUUUAAAGACGCUGAAAGGGAAUGCAAAUAAGGCUACUAGCAUACUCCUUACUGCUAUACCUCAGAUAGGUUCCAUGGAAUGGACUGACACCCUGCACACCUUGAAAACAACAGUGCAGUGUUCGGUCAUCCUGCCAAAGCAGUAACCACUUGGAUGGACCUUGAAGUUUGUGUGCUUACAAGGAAAAGGGGAUCAUUUUUGAACUUCCAAAGGCUAUAAUAUCUUCAAAAAUUGUUACAAGCAUAAAAGAAUGGAGUAAACGUUGACCAAUGAUAAUGUGUAAGACAGCUUUUAUAAUCUUUAUCAUGCUUGAUAAUAUGUAAGAUGCCUAAAGUUAGAUUUUGAGUAUGUUUUAAACUUGGAAUAGCUAUACUAUCAAGCUGGAUCAGACAGUGGCUGAAGAAAAAGUUAGUGAGUUGUCAUCCUCUAGUCAGUGAUACCAUUUAGUUGAUGAGGAAAGGAAAGGCUAGGUAAUUGUUGCAGUUUCAUAAAAUAAGAGCUAAGAAAGCAGAUUCACAGGUAUGCUAUUUGCUUUGCAGUUUCUGCCUCCUAUCUUUUCCUUCAACAAAGGAAGGCAAAUGGUUACAUUUCACUUCAGAAACAUACCAUAAAAAUUUCAGACAAUUUCAAAAUAAUAUUAUACUAUUUUUAUACGUUAUGCAUAUUUUUGUUGUUUUUUUUUUUAAAAAAAGCAGUGUUCUUUGUGUGCUAGGAGACGUGGUUUAGUAAUUGUGUUGACUCUUUCACGGCAGCAAUUGUGUAAUGAAUGAAUGUUCUCAUUAAAAAAAAAAAAAUUAUGUAAUGCCUAAGCCAGAUUUGUGCCUGAAGAUGUACUUCCGUGACUUACAGAACUGUACAGAAAAGUACUUAACUGCCAGUGUUCUGAACACUGUACUGGCCUUUUGCUACUUCAUUGAUAUGAGGGUUGAUUGAACCUUCAUUGAUAUGGACAACUCUGGGUUUAGUUGGUGUUCUAAGUGAUGAAUGUGCUUGAGUGCUUUGAAUGUAUGCAUUUCAUUUUUUAAUACAAUUUGACUUCAAUAAAAUAAUCUGCUGCUGCUUGUGUAGUAAAUAAAAGGAAUGGAGCCUGUGCUUCUCCAA